AUGAUCUGUCCCAAAUGGCUCCCCAUCGCCAGGGCGACCCUCGCUACACCGAUCAGAUUCGCCUUGCGUAGAAACACCAGGUCGUCGUCGUCAAGCGUUGCAGGGUUUCGUGACAGGAUCUCGUUAGAAGAGAACCCCAGGCGUCCUUCGACACGAGGCCCCAGAGCUUCCGCCAAGAAGAGCGAUGCCAAUUCGAAGCCCAAUUCUCCAGCGGGAUAUGGCUUUGAGCCUUCUGGCCUCAGGGAUGGCAAACACAUGUUGACUAUCGACGGUCUCCCCACCUCACUGCGCGCUGCCGAUUUCCAUCGCCUCGCCACUGAUAAACUCUCUGGCUGGGGCAACCUUAUUAACGAAGUCCGCCAGGAGCGCGACCCUUGGACCAUGGAGCCUCUGGGCAAAUACCAUGUGGCCUUCUCCUCCAGCGCUGCCGCCUCGCUUUUCAGGCACAAGUUUGAGCGCAUUCUGCGUAUAGCCCAGAUUAAGAACCGUUGCAAGACAGAGCUCUGGGCCAGCAAAGUGCCCCCUGCACUGCUCGACGCUGGACGAGAUCCUGCAUCUGAGCUUGAGCGCUUCGCGAUCCUUCCAGGCUCCUACCAGGGCCGACUGGAGGCGCACCAAGGUCGAGUCAAAGGCAAGAUGGCCUGGCAGCACGUCAUGGACACUAUUGUCAAGAGCUCGCGUGUCAAAACUCGUCCCAGCGCAGUCUUGAUCGAGUUGCCACAGGCGACAUUCUCGGCUGCGGAGCUUAAGGCUAUGAUCCACCAAGACGGUGUAGACAGUGGUCACCGCUGGAGAACGGAUGUUUUGUUCCACCUCUCAGAAACCCUCGGCUUUCGAAAGGAUAUGUUCAGAAACACCACCAGAGUACCGCUUCAAGACGAUGUGGAUUUCCGUCAUAAGCACAGCUCACGAUUUGUUAUGAUCUGUGAAAAUCCAGAAACUGCCUGGCGGUUCAUUCGUAGCUGGAACCAGCGCAUUCUCGAAUAUGACAUGGAAGGUGUCAUGAUGCGGAAUCGUGUAAAAGUAUCAUAUAUUGAAAUUUAG